AUGAAGUCUGGAGUGAUCUCCGAUCCAAUGUCGGUACCUCAUAUCAUCACAUCACCUUACCUCAUCGGCACUCCGACGCAGAGCAGAAACAUUGACCGUCUAAUUCAGAUCAAACAUGUCAUCUACCUGAUGAUGGAGAACCACUCCUUCGACAACAUCGCCGGGUACUGGGACUUCCAUCCGGAUAUCGACAACCUGCGCAACGUCACCUACUGCAACGAGUACACCAACCCCAACUGGACAGUCUGGGAUGAGCCGCUGAACAUUUGCGCCGCGCCCUUCGAGACCGAGGUACCGCUUGCCGACCCGGACCAUGAAUUCGCCGGCGUCACAUACCAGAUCUAUCGGACAUGGGACGCCACGAACGAUGACACCCCCAACAUGGCGGGGUUCAUUGAGCGGCAGUCGGAGAAGUACGAAGCCACGCCGGGGGAGGCGUCGUUCGUGAUCAAGGCGUACGAUGAAAAGAAGUCGGCAACGCUGGCGGAGAUUGCGAAGAGUUUCGCGUUCUGGGAUUCUUAUUUCGCGGAACAUCCGGGGCCUACGAAUCCGAAUCGGCAGUUUGCGACCUCGGGCUCGACCUGUGGGUAUCUAGACAAUAAUAACCAGGCUGCUGGGUUCUUUUACAAUGUCACUGGGACGACAUAUAUCAUCGACGGAUGGAUGUACAAGUGGGUUCAAGACAACGCCAUGGACCGUCUCGCCCACGCCAGUGACUUCUACCGAGAUCUGGAAGAAGAAACCCUGCCCACCUUCUCCUACAUCAACCCGGAAUGCUGCACCAUUGACUCCAUGCACCCAAAGAGCAACAUGGCGGCGGGCGAGCAGCUAAUUAAGCACGUAUACGAUGCAGUGCGGAAGUCCAAAUACUGGGACAAUGCUCUGAUCAUCAUCAACUUCGACGAACACGGCGGCUUCGCAGACCACGUCCCGCCGCCAGCGAACGUCCCUCGACCUGACGAUCAGAUCGUCUUCGACGGAGAGUCGGAGGGACAUCACGUCACUUAUGAUUUCACCCGGCUUGGUGUUCGCGUCCCCGCCUUCCUCAUCUCCCCAUACAUCGAGCCUAACACGCUCAUCCACGACCAAGGCACCAUGUACGCCGAAGACUCGGCCUACACGCACUCCUCCAUCCUGCACUUUCUGCAGGAACUCUGGGACCUGGAGGGGCUGAACAAUCGCGUGCAGUGGGCCAAGACGUUCGAGCAUGUGUUCUCGCGCAAGAAGCGCACUGACACGCCGAAGAGCCUGACGACGCCGGUGUGGUACGGGGGAAGUUGGGAGCCGAAGCCGGAGCCGUUCUAUUUGCUGAAUCAGGAUGAGAGUUAUUAUGCGAACCGGGGAGGGAGCUGA